AUGAAUACUGAAGUGGCCCGCUCAAUUGAAGCCGGCAUCGCCUGGCCCGAAGCCUACGCUGAGAAGCGUGACGAAUCCCUGACACGCUCGGUAGAGGCUGGUAUCGCCUGGCCCGAAGCCUACGCUGAGAAGCGCGACGAGUCUCAUGCCCGUUCGAUUGAGGCCGGAAUCGCUUGGCCCGAGGCUUAUGCCGAAAAGCGUGAUGAAGCGCAGACACGCUCAGUCGAGGCCGGCAUUGCUUGGCCCGAGGCCUACGCUGAGAAGCGCGACGAACCCAACGCCCGUUCAAUUGAAGCUGGUAUUGCAUGGCCCGAAGCCUACGCCGAAAAAUAA